CUCCUCAGACGCUUUAUAUGCUUUUAUUUUCGAAGAGAUGACCGGAAGCGUCUUACUGUACAGCAUAUAAACUGUAGCGGUCGUAAUUGGUUCUGUCCGUGCCAGAGCUGCUUCGCUAUUUUUGGAGGUUCGUGUUCGGGUGACGCGGAACUGUCUGAAACACAUACAUGGAUGAUACGUGAAGUUUUGGCGGAGAGGCGCCGAGGGCGAACUUUUCCCAUGGGUCUUUGUCUCGCGGCUUCGUUCCCAUGGUGAAGCUUCAUCUGCUCGCGAGACUCGCUGGGACAAACCCGGGAAGUUAGCGGUUAAAGUCGGAGCUGGAAGUAACGGUAACGUUAACGGCGGACUCCGGUACCGCUUCACAGAGCACUGCAGUAGUAUCUCAAACUGAAUUGACGUUGAUAACGUCGUUCACGUAUGUACGUCUUGUCCAGACCUUCACGAACUGGGCCGAAGCUCGUCACACUGACCGUGUCGAUACUGUAGAAGCACCGAUGCCUUCAGGUACUGGAGCAGCAGGCAAAUCAGCACUUUUAUGAACACAGAAACAUAAAAGGCGAAGAGACAAACGCCACAAAGCGCAAAGGACCGCUGACAAUUAGAGACAAGCAGAUCCACCACGAGCAUCAUCCAACAAAUGCAGACGAGCAUGAGAAAUGACGAGGAACUGCUGCUGUUUCCUGACAACAGCAACGACGUUGCCUUCUCGUCUGACCUAGAAAACGUCAGAUGACGCGUAUGAAGUACUAACACGGGUCAGACCUUAAGGCUUUUGCAGUGUGAUGUGUUGGGAUGGAGGAGGCAGAGCACAGUCAUUAUGUUGCCCAGCUGAAGGCUCAGUUUGACAGCUGUGACACCACAGCCACCGGGUUCCUGGACAGGGAGGAACUGACAGUGCUCUGCCACAAACUGCAGCUGGAGGCCCACCUGCCGCUGCUGCUGGACACCCUGCUGGGACAACGGACCUACGCCAGGGUAAACUUUGAGGAGUUUAAACAAGGCUUUGUGGCUGUCCUGUCUCGCUCUCUGGACUUCAGCACAUCAGAAGAUGACAGCAGCUACCUGGAACCAGUGGUUCCAGAGGAGGUGAAACCAAAGUUUGUGAAAGGAACAAAGCGCUAUGGCCGUCGCUCUCGUCCCGACAGUAAGUCUGGUGCUGCUCAGACCUGUUGCUCUAUGGACUCGCCACCAUCCGGAGCCGAGGUCACGGACUCGUCACUUGCCGGAGUCCCCCGGGCCAAACUAAGACGAUCGACAUCUCUAGAGAGCGUUGAGAGCCUAAAGUCUGAUGAGGAACCAGGAAGUCAGAAGGAGAACGCUCCACCAGACAUUCAGAGUAAAGGUGAAGUGGAACUGACAGCACCUGAUAAUCUGGACCUGCAGCAGCUCAACACUGAGUUCCAGAUGGUUCUAUCUGGGUCUGCUCCCAUCUCAUGCUCAACGCCUGUACGGCCCACUGAUCUGCAGAAGGCGCUGCAAAGGGCUGCGAUAGAGGAGGGCUCUGUGCGCUCCACUUCACCCUCCUUACUGAUGGCCACUGUGGGUCAGAGGGUCCUGAGCUGUAUGGACGAUGGCUCAGGAUGCACCAGCCCGGAGCAGGUCAUUGCCCUCUGGUCGGAAGAAGGAAUCAGGAACAGUUCCAACAUCCUGCAGACUCUGGACUUUCCUCUGGACGAGCGUCUCAAUCUCGCAGAGCUGACUCUGGCCCUGGACAAUGAGCUGCUGGUCAGUGGGAACGGCAUCCACCAGGCGGCACUGAUCUCUUACAAGAAUGAGAUCCAGCACCUGCAGUGCGUGGCAGAACAGGCCUGCAGGGAGCGGGACAAGGUGAAGGCAGAUCUGGAUCUGGCUGAUCAGAGGAACCUGAAGCUGGUGAGAGAGGUGGAUGACCGGCAUGCCAGCAUGGAGACACUGAACCAGAGCCGCAUCAGGGAACUGGAGCAGGACUUCCGUGAUCGUCUGACCGCUCUGCGCACUCAGUUUGAGCAGGAGAUCGAGGCUCAGCUGCAGCAGGUGGACAGGGAGCGCAGCACACUGCAGGGCGAGCUGCAGCUUCUCCGAGCACAGGAGGCUGAGCUGCAGGAGGAGCUGUGCAGCGCCACGCAGGAGAACAGUCGACUGGAGGAAGAGCUUAAUGUGAUAAAGCUGAAGCUGACUGAAGCUCAGAGCUCAGUGAUUAGACUGCAGAGAGACCUGGACCAGCUGCUGCAUGACAAGUUUGGCAGCUUGGAUGCAGCCGGUUCUGGUCUGAGUCAUGAAGAGAGAUUCUGUGAAAUCAUCAGAGAGUCUGAACUGCAGUGCAGGGAGCUGCGGGACCGAAACGAUGAGCUGAGUGCAGAGUUGGAACUCGUAAAGAGCCAGAGGAUCAACAGGAGGUUCAGAACGUCUGUGGACGCCACCGCGCUGAGUUGGACCCAAGACUCCGACUCUGAUGACUCGGACAUGAAGUGGAGAUCAUCUCCUCUGGUUGAGAGGAUACUGCAGCCAAUCGAUAAAACUGCUUUGUGUUCACUGGACAGCGUCUCUGAUCCUGCUGUCAGUAUCCAGACUGAACUGGCUCUGGAGCAGCUCAAACAGAAUCACACCCAGGAGCUGCAGCAGCUCAACAUCCAGCUGGAGACACAGAUGAAUUACUACGAGCGCAGUCUGGAGCUGAUGAGACAGAGCAUGGAGGUAGAGAGGAAAGACAUCUCUCAGGCCUUCAAGCUGGAGAUAAGUGAGCUCGAGGAUCAGAAAGCUCAGGCAGAGCAGCAAGUGAAGCAGCUGAAAGAGACUUUGGACAAGCUACAGACUCAGAUGCAUCAUGGAGGAGGGUGGAGCACUGAGCAGGAGCGCCGGGUGCAGCGGGAGCGAGCUGAACUAGAGCAGAACUUUGCCAAAGAAAUCAGUAACCUGGUUCAGAGGCUGAGUGCAGAGAAGGACCAGCUGGAGGCGGAGCUGAAGCUGAAGCUUGACCAGGAGGUGAUUCUGGUCAGGCAGGAGUCCGAACAGCUGCUCUCUCAGAUGAAGCUGCAGCAGGCCAAGGGUUGUCAUAUCCUCCACCAGCAGCUGCAGGAGCAGAGGGCAUUUUGGGAGAGCCGGCUUGUCCAAUCAGAGCAAGAGAGGCUGCAGCGUGAGGCCUCAGACAAGAGGAGGAUGGAGGAGCUACAUGAGCACGAGGUCUGUCAACUGAAGGAGCAGGUCUUCAGGUUACAGGAGGACGAACAGAACUCCAGCCUGCAGCUCAGUCAGUUAAAAGGCAGUUUAGAGGAGGUCAAGCAGAGCUGCGGUCGCUUAGAGGACAGUCUCAAAGCUUCCCAUGGGCGCUGCUCUGAACUGGAAGCCAUGUUAGAGGAGAAGACCAACUUUCUAGAGUCUUAUGAAGUGCUGAGCAAACGAUGCUGCGAGCUACAGCUAGUGAAGGAUUGGGAAGGGCAGCUCCUGCUUCAAGUGACCCAUCUUAAAGAUGAAGUGAAAAACUUUCAGGCUACGUCAAACAAGGUCCUGCAGGACGAGGAGGUAAUGGCUGACAACUGCAGCAUGUUAGCUCAGCAGCAGGUUCGGCUCAAAGCCAGAGACCAGACUGUAACAGCCCUGAGGUCUGAGCUGGAGAGUCUACAUGCUGCCAUGACAACCAACACAAAUUUAGCCUCCAAACUGACUGCUGAAAUGGACUUACUAAAGGCCGACCGAUCCAGACUGAUCCAGGACCUGAAAGACCAGGCAAUGGCUGUGGACAAGCUACAGCUGGAUCUGGACAGAGUCACUGAGGAGCUAAAGCGGAGCAGGAGCAGCGAGGAAGGGCUACAGCAGGCUUUGAUGCAGGAGCAGUCCAAGACUUCACAGCUUCAGUGCAGCCUGGCUGAUGAGGAGGAGGAGGUAGACCGCCUGAGCCAAGAGAAUAGGAGCUACACCCGGCUGUCUGAUCAGCUCUCCACCCAGAUCGUGGAGAUGGAAGAGGAGAUCACUACACUCAGAGAGCAUCUUAGAGACCUCAGCUCUCAGCUCAACAACACAGCAGACUUGGUCCUGGACCUCAGGAAGAAACUCAACUGUAAAACCAGUGAGGUGGAACGGCUGUGGGGGGAGGUGGCAGGUGGUGCUCUUCUCUUAUGCAAGGCAACGUCCUCUUCUGAGAAGCAGCACAGUGAAGUUCAGCAGCUCACUGUUCAGCUGGAGGCCAGAGGUGGAGAACUGGACCAGGUCAGAGAGCAGGUUUGCCAGCUGCAGCAGGCCCUGCAGAACUGUUUGACCCGGCUCAGGCUGACAGAGGAGAACUUUGAACAGGAGAAGAGGAAAUUGACACAGCAGCUGGUAGAGCUGGAGGAGCUGGUUGUGGCUCUGGAGGUGGCGAUGGACCCAGCCAGUCAACACAGGACUCAGCUGGAGGAGGUUCGAUCAGAGAAUAGAGCUCUGCAGGAGCGACUGAGCAUUCUCCAGCAGGAGGUCCAAAGCCUGGAGGAGGUUGUUGACAAGAAGAGGCGGAAACUGGAAGAGCUGGAGAGAGAACACGAGCAGAGCAGAGCAGAAGAGGAGAGGCUGCACACAGAGAACUCUAAAUAUCGUGAGGAGGUUUUGGAUCUGAGCAGCAGGAAUCUGCAGCUCAGUAGCAACAAUGCUGAGCUGAGCGCUUGUCUCCGUGGAGACCAGGAGUCGGUCCAGAUGCUGCAGGAGCACCUUGCUACAGUCUCCAAGGAGCAGGAGGAGGACAGAGCAACGGUCCAGCGGCUGCAGGAUGCAGCAGUGCGGCAGGAGAGAGAGAAGCUGCAGCAGCAGGCAGAGACACAGCUGCUGGAGCGGGAGCUCGGCUCCUACAAAGACAAGGUGAGUCGUCUGGAGGUGGAGCUCGGCAGCGUGACGUUAAAGCAGCACCAGUUGGAGUUGAACAAGACCAAACUACUGAGAGAAGCUGAUGACAGAAACCAAAAGGUGGAGAAACUGCAGCAGACGGUUCUGUCUCUGGAGUCAGAGCUGGAGCUGCUGCGCUCUCAGCUUCAGGCCGGUGUUCAGGAAAAACUCGUCCACAGUCUGGAAGUAACAGACCUACAGCGGAAGCUGCACGACGCUCACAUCAAGAUGGAGGCUUUGGAUACCAGUGUCAGGAAGCAGAUGAGAGAGAAAGAGGAGCUCCAUGAGCUGCUGGAGAAGCGGGGGGAGCAGGCCUCCUUUGCCCUGCAACAGGAGACCCACAAACUGCAAGUCCAGAACCAGGAGCUCCAACACAAGUUGUCCCAGCUGCAAGUCCAGGGUCUGGAGGUCCAGAAACUGACCCAGGAGCAGCAGAACCUGAAGAACAAACUUGAUGAGCUGGAGACAGCCCGGACAAAAGCUCAGCACCAGGCGCUGCGGGCCGACGCAGCUCUGGGCCUGGUACAGGCGCAGCAGGUGCGGCAUCUGCAGGAGCUAAAGGAGCGAGUGGGUGAUGGCCACAGGGAGCAGGUGGAGCUGCUGCAGGCCCAGCUGCUGGAGGAGCAGAGGAGGAGUCAGCAGCUGGAAGAGACGCUCAGACUCCAGGCUCAGCAGAGCAGCUCCCAGAUCAGCAUCAAGCAGGAUCAGUACGAGAAAGCGAUGUCCGCCCUGCAGCAGAGUACCGAGGACCUGGAGGUAAAACUGAAGGGAGCCCAGAUGGUUCUGCAGGAGAAGGCCCAGCAGCUCAAAGAACAGCUGGUGAAGGGCACCAAGAUGAGCGCGCUGCUGAAGGAUCUGUAUGUGGAGAACUCCCAGCUGAUGAAGGCUCUGCAGGUCACAGAGCAGCGGCAGAAACACGCAGAGAAGAAGAACUUCCUGCUGGAGGCGAAGAUAAACGCCCUCAACAAACUGCUGAGGGAGCUUGUCCCCGCGGCGCUCGCCACGUAGCAACUGCUCUCAGAUCAGCUUCCCAUGGUUAGCCUAGCUUAGGCAGCCUCUGAUUGGCUAUGACUAAACAUGUAUUUGCCUCGGCAAAUGGUAAAGUAAGACCUAAAGACUUCAUUUGAUGAAAAUAGUUAUGUUUUUUUAAAAUAAAAACCUUAUUAAAAAUUC